AUAUAUACAUAUUCAUUCCUUCCUUCUUUCACUCUUCAAAAAAAGAAAAGAGUGCAUUAUACUUGUACUUUUUCUCUCUUAUUCUUCUUAUAUUUACGUAUCGAAUCGGAAUUUAGUUUGAAAUAUGAAUUCUCAGAUUUGUAGAUCUGCUUCACGAGCUACAAAGUCACUGUUCUACUCGAGUUCUCGUGCUUUUUCGGGAGGACGAGCAGCAGCUGCAGCAGCCACAGUUUCGUUGAGAGGAGUUGUCCCUUCUCUAGCUUCAUAUGGCAGGACUGAGUCCCGGAAUUCAUCUACAAGUUGGAUUCCGGGACUCCUCGCCCUUCCUGCAGCAGCUUACAUGCUCCAGGAACAAGAAGCACGUGCCGCUGAGAUGGAGCGCACCUUCAUCGCCAUCAAACCAGACGGAGUGCAAAGGGGCUUGAUUUCAGAAAUCCUAUCACGCUUUGAGCGCAAAGGUUUCAAGCUAGUCGGGAUCAAAAUUGUGGUUCCACAAAAAGAUUUUGCUCAGAAGCAUUAUCAUGACUUGAAAGAUAGGCCAUUCUUUAAUGGCCUAUGUGGUUUUCUUAGCUCCGGCCCUGUCGUAGCAAUGGUAUGGGAAGGCGAAGGAGUGAUUAAAUAUGGGCGGAAACUCAUCGGAGCUACAGAUCCACAGAAGUCAGAACCUGGAACAAUUCGAGGUGACUUAGCUGUUGUAGUUGGAAGGAACAUUAUCCACGGGAGCGAUGGACCUGAGACAGCCAAGGACGAGAUCAAGCUAUGGUUCAAACCAGAAGAGUUGGUUAAGUACACAAGCAACGCGGAGAAGUGGAUAUACGGUGUGAACUGAUCAACAAAAGACAUUUUUCUCAAUUUAAACUGCGAUGAACUGCGAAUGAAUACUCGAAAAUUAAUGUUAUAUUAAUAAGUACGAUGAUCAUUUUCUCACGUAGAGUAGUACUAAUAUAAUGUUAACCUUUACCAUACUGUUAUUUUAGAUUGUUCAAAUAAUCAAAUGUACUGAUCGCGCUCGAUGUAUACAUCAAACUAAUGAAUGCAGGAUAUGUGUCUUUCAAACCAAUGCA